UUCAAUUUAUAUUGGGGAUAAAGCAAAUUAGUAUUUUAGUACUAAUUAGUUUUUCAAUAUUUUCGCCUCACUAAAAACACAAAACACACAAAACUUUUCACGUAAAAGGUUUCUUAUCAUUGAUUCUCUUUAUGUGCAUUGAACAAAGUAAGAAUUAAACAUUUCUUAUAACGGUGUGUUCACUGCCUAGCUUGUAUAAUAUGCCAUUAUACCACAAUAAUUACAGUUAUUUGUAUAACCAGUACAUCCAAAACAUUAGGCAAAUGGAUUCCUUUCGUGUGUCCGUUAAAAUCUAUGCAGUAUAUAAACAACGGCUUUUAUUCUUAUACCUCUAUUCCACUUUUGAUUACAUUUGCAACAGUACUACACUAUCGCAAUAUGGAGCUUACUUUAUGGGGAAAAAUUAAAGAGCAUACAAGGUUGUUCUGUCACAGAUUAAAAUAUACCUUCAGAAAUCUCACAGUACACGGGCCCAGUUAUCUCGUACGUAAAGAUGUUCACUUUGUAUUCAGAUUCAUAUAUCUUGUCAUCUACGUACAAAUUUGGAUCAUCGCUGUCGCCACCAUACGUCAAUACUACGACCACUACCAAGAGAACACCAUACGCUUCACGAGCCGCACUGAUUACCUCGACUGGAACACAACAUUCGCAUCCGUCACUGUCUGCGAGGUAGCGAACAUCGAAAAACUUUGGAAACUUAGCAAACGGCUUGACGUGUACGAGGAGGGAAAGUACGAUCGUUUCCUAACCGAAAUUGUAUUCUUCGGUGGAACAUGCUACAGUUGCCUAUCUAAGAAUACUAACGACACUGUCAUUUCAUCUGAUUAUUCGCAAAUUGCUGCAACAUUUCGAUCGUCCUGCAAAGAUUUGUUCCUAUCCUGUGAGUGGAACGGCCGAAUCAUUAACUGUUGUAAAUAUUUUCGACCUCUUCAAACGGAAUUUGGUACCUGUUACUCAAAUAAUAACAAGCACGUUGGAGGGCUAAAGAAAAUGUUUUUUACGACUGCUCUGUCGAAAAAAUCCGAGGCAGGUGUUUUAGAAAUAUCAUUAUCACAAGAUUACGAAUCAUUUAUUCAUUCACCUGAGGAUAUACCGUUUUGGAACAUGGAAUAUGAUCGGCGAAUCAUAACGCCGUAUGGAUCAGAAGCAACGGUCAGGUUUUCAAUUAUGGACGUAGUGAAUGAGCCGGAGGUACCGCUGAUAGUUCCCGAGGUACGCCAGUGUAGAUUUCCUGACGAGGUUCCUGCGAGCUAUAUUGCCUUCCAACAAUACAGCUACUCGGUUUGUAUUAUUCAGUGUCGGAUUGAAGCUCAAUUGAACCUUUGUAACUGUACACAUCACUUAUCUCCGGUCCAAUACAAAGAUCGAUAUUGUGGUUUGGAGGGAUUGAAGUGUUUGACGAAACACUACAAAAUACUAAGAAAGCUACAAGUUCCGGGCACGAACGAGACAGGGUUAGAUUGUGAUUGUUUACCUUCGUGUACAGAACCGGAUUAUAAUGUGGUGUCGAAGAAAUUAGUUGAGCCUGAAUUUGAUCUGAAGGUGAAGCCUGCUCGGUUUAUAUUAAAUAACAUCCCUUACCAGAGGGUUACACGACAGGUCGCUCGCACUACUCUGGAUUUGGUCGUUGCCAUGGGAAACUGCUUCGGACUGUGCUUCGGAGGUUCAUUGCUCUCAAUCGUCGAAAUCAUAUACUAUUUGUGUUUUAAGCGAUGGGCAUUUGCUUGAAUGCACUUAAUCUGUACUGCUAUUAGGUGUUACAUCCCAAAUGUAUUACAUAAGCUUAUUGACGAAACAAACAUUGUAAACGUUAGCAUGCGCAUAGAUUAUGUAGAUAGUGUGUAUUGAAUUUGCCGGAGAAACUUAUCAAUGCCGGCUACGAGCAGACAUCUCGGCUAAAUCUAUUCGUCCGAACCCAGUACCGACGAAGUCAGCGUAUAACUUUUGUUGAGCACCAACUUCCCCUUUCAUCACUAAUAAUAAAUAAUAAUAUAUUUUUUGAAGAACGAACUCCUGUUGUUUUUUAGAUAAGACGAAAAACGUUUCCAAUAUCUUUAUUUACGUACUUAUUUAAACCUUGUCCCUUACUUUAGUCCUAAUACAACAUGUUGUGAAACAAUAUAAACAAUUUCUAGAAAACCAUUGUACGGUUAAGUUGAGCGGUAAAUCUCGGGGUUUACCGAUCGCCCAGUAGUGUCCAAUACAACGGUUAGAGCUUUUACAAAAAUAUUUAAUUCAUAAACAUACAAGCGGCAUUUUUUAUUCGUACGUGAUUUGAAUUCAUACUUGUUUUGUUUUCUAUUUCAAUUGCGGUUGAUUCCGUGGAUAAAACAUAAAAGGUUUCAUCAUGGAAAACAAUUGAAAAGUCCUCGAGCAUAUUUUCAUAGUUCCAUGCAACAAAAAAAGUCUUCCAAAAAAGGCUAAGAACACAAUACAAUUCGUAAAAGGUCCAAUGAAUAUUCAUUUAGAUAAAAGACAGAAUAUUUUAAAAGUAAAAAUGGGCUUUAAUGUAAACAUAUUUAAAAUGCGGACGAACAUUUUGCUAUUUCAUUUUCCGGUUGUUUAUCACUUUGCCACAAUCUUAAUAUGUUAAAUUGCCCUAACACAAAACAGGAACAUGAUUGUUCAAGAUAAAACUUUGAAAUGAUUUAACUUAGAUUGCUUUCUUAUGUUUUCUAUUUUAUUUUGUUUAAGUAAAGAGUUUUUUUAAAUCACUAUCUUUUAAAUCCACAAUGUUAUGAACUAGAACUUCGCUCUACGUUACGCAGGGCGCUCUCUCACUUUCAUAGCGGUCCUGCUUGGGAGGUAGUCGUAAACGUGAAGGAAUAAUCCUUUAUGUAUUAUAUUAUGAAUUUAAUAUAACCAAUUAAAUUUACCUCUAAACAAGAAAAGCUGCUUUGCAAAUCUUAAUUUAUUAAUACGUGUUCUUGACAUUAAAUAUUUAAUAUAAUAUAAAGCUUACCCUUCUUUAGCAAAAUGGGCUUUGGUACAGGGAUGAGGCGUCAAAACCACAAGAUUUGGAAUCAGAUCCUUUAGCCAAACGUUGGGAACAUUUCCUUCUAGCUUACGAUGUAAGAGGCGUCUAUUGAAAAACGAAAAUCGUAAGAUUUUUGAGUAAAGCCUCGAAAAGAUUUAUAGAUCUAUAGAUAUUCUUUUGUUUGUGAAGAUUUGGAAUGAACUCUGUAUUGCCUUCAGCCACAUUUUUUGUGACUACUCCCACGACUUUCCGAUGACUUGAAUUGGAAGGCAAAGCCAUAGGGACUAACCUCUAUUUGCGGGCCCUACGUAUUAUUAAAUACUUUAUUACAAAGUUAAAACGUGAGCAGGGCGCAGCUCUACCUGUACUUUACAUAAUUUUACGACUUUCACUCUAAAUUAAAACACACAAA